AUGUUCACUGGUAUUGUGGAGCUUAUGGGCACUGUGAGGGAGUACAACCCUUACGAUGACACUGAGAGUGGCGGACAAGGUGUGUCCAUCACCAUUGAAAAUGCACAUGAUAUCCUUGGCGACUGCCACAUCGGCGACUCCAUUGCCGUUAAUGGUAUCUGCCUGACCGUGACGGAGUUCGACUCGGACUCCUUCAAAGUGGGUAUCUCCCCGGAGACCAUCCGCCGGACCAACGUUGCCUCGUGGACUCCCGGCAGCAAAGUCAACCUGGAGAGGGCUGUGUCGCAGGAAGUGCGGUUCGGUGGGCAUUACGUGCAGGGCCACGUAGACACCGUUGCCACUAUAAUGUCCAUUACCAACGAGGGCAACUCUAUAUUGUUCGGUUUCAAGCUGCGCGACGCCCAGUACAACAAGUAUAUAGUUGAGAAGGGUUUCAUCUGCAUCGAUGGUACUUCCCUGACAGUCACGGGUAUCGACGAGGACGACACUUUCUUUAUCAGCAUGAUCAAGCACACACAGGAGCACGUCGUGAUGCCUCUGAAGUCCCUGGGUGACGAGGUCAACAUAGAAGUCGACUUGACUGGUAAAGUCAUCGAGAAACAAAUAGAAGUCACUUUGCAGAGCCAGAUCAGGGACGAAAACUCUGCAUUGCACGCCGUGAUCGAAAAACUUAUCGAUGAAAAGGUCAAGAAAUACCUGAACGCCUAG